AUGUUCACUUUCGAUCAAGCUGCAUUGCCGCAGAUCACAACACGCAAAGCACUCAUUGCAGUGGAUUUCCAACACGAUUUUAUCUCUCAAGACGGUGCCCUGCAUGUCAAUGAACCGGAAGGAUUUGUUGAGCGAACUGUCAAACUAUCAGAUGCAUUCCGAAGUGUAGGUGACGUUGUUUGGGUUCAGUCUCAAUUCAGCGAAACUCGACAUGCACCAGAGGAAGAUAUUGUUCUCAGCGACAAAGCGCCCAAAUCAUCACAAAGUUCUUCACGAGGCCGGUCAACUGUUCCAGAGAAGGUCGUUGAAACUGUUGGCCCGCCAGACAAGGAAGCUUUCCUCAGCCAUCAAGAGGCUGUAUGCGUCAAAGCUGACACCCCGGGCUGUCAGAUAGCAUCUGCUGUUCAAGACUCAAUGCAAAAGACAGACGCAAAGCUGUUCAAGUCUCAUUACUCGGCCUUUCAGUCAACCCAUCUACUGCGUGUCUUGAGAGCCAAAAUGGUCAUGGAGCUUUUCAUCUGUGGAUCCUUGACCAAUGUUGGCGUAUAUGCUACAGCUCUGGACGCUGCAGGACAUGGCAUGGCUAUAACCAUCGUCGACGACUGCUGCGGCUAUCGUACCGAGUCUAGGAAGAGUGCGGCCAUAGCAUCCAUAAUAGAACUCACUGGGUGUGAAAUUGCUUCAUACGAUGAGGUUAUGGAGGUCAUCCAACCGAAACCAAAAUCGAAACCAACAAAGUCUCGAGGUGCCAAACCGUCCGCCUCAUCGUCAAGUUUGGAAAAGCCACGAGCUGCCAAGCCAGAUUCCAACAAAGCGAAUGAUCGCAAGAAGAGCACCACGCCUGAUUUUGUUAAAGAUAUGACAGGUCUGCGGCUGGCUUCAGAUUCACCAAGUCCCGCGGACUCAUCAACCAAAUCCGAGGCAAAGGGGCUGCCGAAAAGCACAACUGAAGAUCGUGACACAAAAGACAACAAAAAAACAGAGAUUACAAAGACUGAUGGAAUAAAUCAGGCCACAACUGGCGAGACAUCCAAUGGAACACUAGCCAAAGAUUCAUCUACUGCUGAAGUCAAGACCAAGAAUGUAGCCGAAGGCAAACCAGACAAAGCGAUACAGCAGAGUACCGAAGAAGCAUCUACCAGCAACCCGCAGCCUCCAAAGAAUUCUAGCAAAGACAACGUUCAAGCUGUUGACGCAAAAGCUCCAGCAGAUAAAAGACCAAGCGAGUCGAAGCCCGAUUCAACGACGGCCCAGAAGGAUACCAAGCAAGAAGAACACACCGAUGAGACCGCAGCGCCAACAGAUGAGUUGCAAGAAACCCAAAAGGUCAAGAAGCCAAUGGCGAGCCAUGACAAUAGCUUCCAACAGAAAGGCCUUUGUGAAGGAGAUACUGAUAUCAUCGAGAAUGUUCUGCCUGAUUCUUUACUCGACGGCAUCUUUAACAAGCUGCGUGACGAGGUUCAAUGGCAGCGUAUGUCCCACCAAGGAGGGCAGGUUCCACGACUCGUCGCCGUGCAGGGCGAGAUUGGUCCAGACGAUAGCAUCCCAGUCUACCGUCAUCCAUCCGAUGAAUCCCCACCACUACUGCCAUUUUCCCCGACCGUUCAAGCCAUCAGGGCUGAGACGGAGAAACACUUAGGUCAUCCCUUGAACCAUGUGCUGAUCCAGUAUUACCGGGAUGGCAACGACUACAUUUCCGAGCAUAGUGACAAGACCCUGGAUAUAGUCAAGGGAUCUUAUAUCGCCAACGUGAGCCUAGGCGCCGAGCGAACCUUUACUUUCAGGACGAAGAGGAAGGACAAAGAUCCGGCUCAAGAAGGAGCUGCAUCGCCAGCAGACUCAAAGAGAACGACCCAGCGCGCCAAACUCCCGCACAAUUCUUUAUGUCGACUAGGCUUACGCAGCAACAUGAAGUGGUUGCAUGCUAUUCGCCAAGAUAAACGAUUAAAGAAAGAAAAAUCCGAGGCUGAACUGGCCUAUGAGGGAGGCCGCAUAUCUCUGACGUUCCGUCAUAUUGGAACAUUCCUGAACCGCGAGGAGACUCUUAUCUGGGGCCAAGGAGCGAAAGCCAAGACCCGAGAAGAUGCUCACCCAGUCAUUAACGGCGAAUCUUCCGAAGCUAUCGAGAUGCUGAAAGCUUUCGGAACAGAAAAUCAUGCUACAGAGUUCGACUGGGAUGCGUACUAUGGCAAAGGCUUCGAUGUGCUGCAUAUGAGCAAUGCACCUCGUUUCUUUGCCUGCCGCGACCCAAUCGUCAAUAUGCGCAUAGUUUUAAUGUUGGCCGAAUUUGGCGUAAAUUACGCAAAGGGCAGUAUAACGACAGGAUCUGAAUCGCCGAACUCUGACAACCUCGUGGUCAAGUUUUCAGACAAGGAUAAAUCUAUCGUUCAAGGUGAUUUUGCUCUCAUGAUGUAUUUGGAUGCCCGCUAUGGUAUGGGAAGACCAGGCAGUACUCCACAAGCUUCUAGCGAUCUCGCCGUCCGACUCACUCGCUUCCAGCGUGCCAUGACCUUAUUAGAUACCUGGCACAACCUGCCCAAGAUCGAUGACAAUGGCAAGCGGGAUCUCAAGUCUCUUAGACAGGAACUUGAAGCUUGGGAUGGUUUCGUGGGAGAGGAUGAACACCCUUUUAUUGCCAGUAUGGAGAUGACGCUGCCUGAUUUUGCAAUUUGGCCAGUCCUCCACAGCAUGGUUGGAGAAACAGGCCUUGAUGCUUUGGAUGGAUUAAAGAAUCUCCAAGAGUAUUACAAAAUGGUAGGGGAAAGGCCAAGCACAAAGAAAGUGCUUGGCAAGGAGUAG